AUGGCACGUUGUAGCGAAUCAACUGCUGUUCAACCUCCAAGGUCAUCACUUAACUGUAAAGCAGUAUGUAAACAUGUCGUUACAAAUACACCUGGGUGUAAUCAAACAAACUCUAAUGAAAACAUAAAUUUAACGAAAUAUAUACUACGUAAUAAAAAGAUUUUUAUAAUAUCCAUGUGCACACUUUUAUGUAUUGCCCUACUAAAUAUGUUUAUUCCUAAAAAUGAUGAAGUCUUAAAUUUACAAUUAAAUAGAAGAAGAUACUCAAGGUCAUUAGCUGGAGAAAUGGAAACUCAUUCAUUAAUGAGUAGUAAUUUAGUACGUGACAGUUAUGCGGUAGAUGAAAAUGAAAAUGAUAAUCUGUGUUUCCUUACUCAUGAUGAAGUAGAAUCCUUUAUUAACGGUUCAGAUGUUUAUAUAUUUUUAACAGAUGAUAUAAAGGAUAAAAUAAAAGAUGCAGUUAAUUCUAAAACAAAAAAAAACGUGUUCUCUAACAUUUUUUAUGGUUUAUGUGAGCUACAUAAUAAAAAAUAUAUUAAGGUGGCGGAUCUUAUGUAUCAGAAGGUUAUGAUGUUAUCUAAUAAUCUUAACAUACCAAAAAAAGAACAAUUAAAAUGUUGGUAUUUUGUAUAUGAUGUACUUAUUAAAAAAUUGUUUAGAUUUGACAAUGAUAACCGUUCUGCUUUUAAAGGUUUUAUGCGUAAAAAACCUUCUAAUGAGGAAUUUACAAAAUUCAUAAAAGAAAGACUUUAUUUGUUCAAUGAGUUUUCUAGAGAUACAAUUUUUAUGGCCUUUAAUAAAUUGCAAGAGCAGUUUGAAAAAUUUGUUUCAUAA